GGAGGUGACGGUGCUUUAUGGCUGAAAUGGGGGUGCAGUCGUUGGAUUUAACUGUUUCCUUUGUGAGUAAAUCUCCAUGCUCUGUUCUUCCUGCUUCUGGCCUCAUUCGCUGUUCCCGCCAAGAAUAGGCUAAGACUUUCCCCUUUUUUUCCUCAACACCACAGAGAACCACAACACAUACACAGACCACAAACCAAAUCCGUCACACUCUCCUACAGGAGCAUGUGAGAAUGAGAGGAAAAAUAGAUGCAUCACACCGAACAGUCCAACCCCACCAGACGCUCCUAAAAUCACCGAGAAUGCAUUGCCUUUCUCAACUUACACCACAAUCUAUACUUUUAUCAGCAGACUGGGAUCAAACCAAUGACCUCUGCGCUGCGUCAUUCACUCAAUGCGUAAUAAUGCGUUCCAGUUGAGCCACGUGAACGUUUUGCACAAGUGAAAAGUUUGUAUAUACUUGAGUGUUAAACCUUAUCCGAAAGGAAGCAUUACACAAAGAAUGUCGUACACAAAGUCGACAACACCUAACGCGUCCAGAUUAGUUCCCCUCCCCGUUUCCUCAGAGCAGCCCGUGUUGGGUUGCAGACCACACCCAACUAGACUUCAAACCACUUCAGGACUUUGGAGAGGAGGAGCGCGCACUUUUUCCACAUUUCACUACUACGUUAUCUCGCCGUCACGUUCGCGCUUACAUCACCUCGUCGCAACAUCUGGCCGCCGUUUCCAAACUAUAGGCUACAAUAUCUGACACUUCCGACUCAACUACCGCGAUUCUCCUGCUUCUGAUCUUCUGUUACACCGCCAACCAUGUUGAUUAUAUUGGCCUUCAUCAUCCUCUUCCAUGUCGUUUCAGCAAUAUUACUCUUCAUAGCAACCAUCAAUAAUGAAUGGUGGGUUACGGAUAAGUUCACCAUGGAUCUCUGGUACCACUGCAACACUACAGACUGUUAUGAUAUACCAAACAGUGCAACCAAUGAAGCAGCUUAUCUUCAGGCUGUUCAGGCCACUAUGAUACUGGCCACUAUCUUGUGCUGUGUGGGCUUCUUCGCCUUUAUCCUUCAGCUCUUCCGUCUGAAGCAAGGGGAGAGAUUCGUCUUCACAGCAAUCAUUCAGCUCUUGUCCUCGUUUUGUGUGAUGGCGGCUGCAUCCAUCUACACCGCAGAGCACUUAAACUUCAAGGGCAAGGAGUUUGAGAAGGGGGACUAUGGGUACUGCUAUAUCUUAGCCUGGGUCGCAUUCCCCAUGACGCUGCUCAGCGGCUUGAUGUAUCUAGUGCUAAGAAAACGCAAAUAAAUCACAACACUCCACCUCACUAGCUGCCACCGGCUAAAGCCUUAGCGAAGAGACUUUAUUUGUGAUGACACUUGUUUUUUUAUAUGUAGAUUAAAUACAUGCCAAGUUAAAAUAAGAACUAGAUGACUUUUAAUAUUAAUCAUUGCAUACUGGAAACGUAAUUCUCUUUUUGUCAUGUUAGCUUAUGUUGUUUUAACAUUGUUGUGUAUAAUUUUAUUCUGCCAGCCCCUUUGGGCAAAAAUGUGCUGUGCUGUGAUUUAGGAAAGAAAAAUAGGGUGUAGAAAAAAGAAGACAAAUGCGACAGGUAUCUGUAAUGGCAAAUAUUUAUAAAGUGGAACCACUAUAGGCCAGACAGCCCACCUGGCCUACAGGUAUUCAUAGAAAAUACAAGAGGUGAAAUUGGCUGUAGUACUAUCGUCUGUUUCCCACUGCACUCGCAAGCGGCAGGUAUUCAUUUUGCUGACCGUGUUAACAAAUUACAAUGUGAGCAGAGUGGUGCCGCGUAAUAUGUUGAUUUUUUUUACAGCUGAACUCGACAGAAAAUGUUGAAAAUGCAUUAUAAACGUAUUCUUUGCAAUGUAAGCUUUUGUGAAACAACAGAAAAUAAUGGAGGGAACUACGCACCCGUUUAAAAACAUGUUUGUCUGGCUUGAUGCAAAUUACACAAACAGAACUUUCUGUUUUGUAACCUGAUGCACUUUGUGUUGAGUUAAUGAUCCCAGAACAUCACACUAUCCUUUUAAAUGUAAUUAAUUUCAUUAAAUUAGAUUUUACAACUA